GGUGUUUGUACGUCGGCGGGGGAGGAUAUCGGACGCAGCCGGCGGGACAGCGGAGACUCAGGCCGUCGGGGGCGGAGACAUUCCGGAGACCGAGACGGAGGCGGAGGCGUUCGAGAGACGGGUGGACGGGCAGAAACGGUCCUCACGCAGACGAGUAGAGGGACAGCCUUACGGGUCAACAGACAGAGACUGACAUACGACAAACGUUUACAAAGUACAAACCGACGGAUAGACGGACGGACAGAUAGACGGACGGACACACAGACAGACGGACACACAGACAGACGGACACACAGACAGACAUACACCAUGACGGAGACGAUGAUCGGAAAGUGGAAGAUGGAGUCGAGCGAAAACUUCGACGAAUAUAUGAAGGCGCUCGACGUGAACGUGAUGCUGCGGAAGAUGGCCAGCACGGCCUCCCCGACGGUGGAGAUCUCGGAGCAGGGCGGCACCUUCCAACUGACUACCUGCACUGCCUUCAAGACCACCACCAUCACCUUCCGGCUGGGCGAGCAGUUCAACGAGGAGACGGCCGACGGCAGGAAGGUCAAGUCGACCAUGACCUGGGAGGACGGCACACUGGUGCACGACCAGAAGGGUGACACGGAGAAGGGCCAGAAGGACACCGUGCUCCGGCGCACCUUCGACGGAGACACCAUGACUCUGAAAUGCACAGUGGACGAUAUAACUGCCACGCGCGUCUACAAGCGGGAAAAGUAGGCGGCACCGUCCAGCCCCUCGGGGUACAACAGCCAGAUGGCCAACAGUGCGAUAUAAUCUGCCCGAGUGCAGAUCGCACACCCGGAGACAGAGCCACCUCAGUUAUCCUUAGCUUGAUAGGUAAUGAAUACGCACACUUGGAAUACAAUUAUUUGGUAUCGGA